AUGGGAUCUUGGGAAAGUGCGACUUCACCAUUAAUGAUUGAGGUUCCUUCUUCUACAGAAGGAGGAUCUCAUUCAAUGUUGGAUAGUGAUGAAGAUAUUCCUAAUGCUCAACCAUUACCUCAAGUCACUUUGGUUGACAGUGAUGAUGAGGGGGAAGUUUUUGAUGAGAAUGUAUGUAAGAUUGAUGGAGAGCCUCGAGCUCUUGAGUAUGCGAUAAUGGUACAUGAUUAUGAGGGUGACAAGAAUGAGUAUGUCGGGCGGUCCCUUCACUUUUUGAGGGACAACCCGAGGUCUAGUAUGACUAAGGGUGAUAUCCUACGCAUGCGACAUCAAUAUGAGAUUCAUUCUUCUAUACAAAUGCGACUUCCAACUAUCGCUGAGCGUCCCGAUUGGGAUAGUGGCGAUUGGGUUUGUAUGUAUGAAUUUCCUUUUAGGAUUGGCUUUCGAUUCCCUUUCCCUCCAUUUGUACAAGAAGUAUUGGACUAUUAUGAGGUAGCUCCUAGCCAACUUAUGCCAAAUGCUUGGAGGUUAUUGUUGGGUAUAGAAGUCAUAGUUAGAGUGAAGGGUAAGAGGGUUGACCUUGUAGAUUUUCAGUCAAGUUAUUAUCUUAAACAACACGAUACAGAUAAGGGUCGAUUUCUAUUCACUCUUAGAGCGAACAAAAAAGCUUGGGUAACGGAGCUGGUUCCGAGCAACAAGAGGGGUUGGAGGAAGAAAUAUUGUUUUGUCAAAGGUGACCUGUUUGGAACGAGUGAUUAUGAGGUUCCUACUUCAUGGAGAACCUUAAGUAAGGGGCUCACUCGAUGUCCUCGAGGGGGGUAUUGGUCCGAAGCUCGAGUUAACGACUUGCUCUCUAUUCCUUCCGAUCAAAGAGCCCAUAACAAGCUUCUUGUUUUGGAUAAAUCUUGUGUUGGAAAUUUGUGGAGAGGUGCGCAACGUCAAGAAGACCGUUAUUAUAAGAGGAUGACUUUCAAGGUUUGUGGAGCGGAUGAUGCUGUCGCUAGGGGUAAGACUAAUUUACUUGGAAAGAGGUCUAAGAAGACCACAAGUCAUGUUGUGAAACCUCGAGUUCCUGCUAAGGAACAUGGAACCGGUAGCUCUCAGUUGACAGCUGAUGGUGUGGUUGCGGCUUCUCCACUAAGGGGUGACAACGAGUUGUCUAUUGAGGAGAGUAUGAUCAACCUGUCCAUCUCUUCCAACAUUUCGGCCUACUCUGACCCUGCUUCUAUCGAAGGUCAUGUUGAGGCUCUUCUUCAUCCGAGAGAUGAAGAGCGUUUGAGGGGCAUCGGAGUUGCUGGGCGAGCGAAUUACGGUGUUUCUACGAUUUACCAAGCUAUUCAAGCAGUCCUCUACUUAAGGCGUGACACAAUUUCGCUUGAUCAAAAGAACAGAGCUUUGAACAAGGAGCAUUCUAGACUUAGAAAGGAAGUGGAGAACUUGAAACUGGAAGGAGAGACUACCAAAUCAUCAUAUGACAAGCUAAAACAGGAUUAUUCCUCGUUGAAUACUGAGUUGGAGCGUGUGCGUGCCAAACUCAAGGAGGAGGAGGCUAAGUAUGUCGCAUUGUACCAGGAGGUUGAUGAUAUUUCACUCAAGACUGCCAUCAAGACAAGGGGGGAGUUGAUGAUACAGUAUAAGAAAGGGCUCCAUCGUGGAUGGGACGUCGAUGGUGCUAUUGCACUUCAUGAAGAAUAUUUGGCUCUUGAGCAAGAGAAUGAAAUGGAUGUUGACGCUCAUAUCUCUGUGUUUGGUGAGGGCACCGAUGCUCAUGCCUCUGUCCCUGGUAUGGGUGUCAACGCUCAUACUUCUAUUUCUAGUGGGAGUGGCAUUGACGAUGUGAUAUUCUCCAUUGCUGAAGAUGGUACCAUUGCUCCAUAG